CGAGUCUGUUUCGGAGUCGCGGGGCGAGUGAGAGCUGUGAAACUGAACACCGGCCAGUUCGGGAGGCCAACGGAGCCGAAACUGGACAAGUUGAAGGGCAGACUGAGUCAAAAAGGGGUCAAGGAGGAAACGAGUCCUCGGGACUCACCGCAUUUUCGAGAAUUCUCUCAACGGAAUCGGAACCAAUCGAGGCCACGGUUGGGUUGUUUAUCUUCUCGGAGGCAAGGAACCAGUGAACCGAUGCCUACAGUUGACUCUGCUUAUGGUUCGUCCUCAACUCCGACGAGAGGGAGUAUUCGUUUUCUCUUUGCUCUUCGUUUGCUAUUUGGUCUUCUUUCUCUUCAUCCUCUUUUUCCUCUUUUAUACAUCUUUUCUAUUCUACUUCUUAUUCUUGAUAUUCUUCUUUCUCCUUUUCAUCAUCAUCAUCAUCAUCAUCAUUUUUGUCUUCUUCGAAACGUCAGGCUUAGCUUUCUUCUUUAUUUUCUUCUUCUCUUGUUAUUGCUUUAUCUUUUAAACGCUUUCUUCUCUUCAUCGCCUCGAUCCGACCGGACGCACAAAUCCGGCCUCGAGACCGCCACCAGCGCCGCCUCUUCAAAGACCCUCGUUGGAUGA